UGGCCCUUGCUUGAUCCACUAGAUUCAACUGUCUACUGUCCUUUAAGAGAGAGAGAGAGAGAGAGAGAGAGGGAGGAACGAAGUUGAUAAAUAUCUGGGUUUUUGUGUGAAACGAGGACUUAAGGGUGCAAUUGAGAGGUUUUUUUAUGAGAUGGAGAUGGGUUUUGGUGUUAUAUUGAAUCUGGGUUUUUUGUAGGGUUUAAGAAAAAGGUGAGAGAGAGAGAGGUGAGAGGAAAACUGGAAAAGCAAAAGACGUGAAGGGUGGUCUUUCUCAUAUACACAGAUCCCUAUGGAAUGCAAGGGGGGGUUCCCAGCAUCGUUUGCUAAUAUUCCUUCUUUUUGUUUAGUUUAAAGAGACCAGUUUUGUUGUUCUAUUUAGAGAGAGAGAAAGAGCAUAGAAUUCUCUUGCAUUGAGUCUUGUAGCUAGAGAACAAAAAAAAAAAAAAACCCAAGUUUUCAGAUGGAGGGAGGCAAGAGGAUUUUGCUAUCAUUAGUUUAUUUGCUUCCCAAUCAUUGAGUUGCCUUCCUGCAGGAGAUACUAGUAAGAAGAGUCUUUGGGAGUGAAAAAAGGAGGAGAGAGACAGAGAGAGGAAGAAGAUGAAGUCCAUGAAUGAUAAUAACGGGAGCAAUAAUAACUGGUUGGGAUUCUCUCUCUCGCCCCACAUGAAAAUGGAGGUUACUUCUGACCACCCUCAGCAUCAUCAACAUCAGUACCAUCACCAAGGCCAGCCUUCUUCUGCUGCUGUUCCUACCAGCUUCUACCUCGCUCCUCAACUCAACAACUCGGGAAUCUGUUAUGUGGUCGGAGAAAAUGGCGGUUACCACUCUCCCUUGUCUGUGAUGCCACUCAAGUCAGACGGCUCUCUUUGUAUAAUGGAAGCUCUCAGUAGAUCACAACCAGAAGGGAUGGUGCCGAGUUCCUCUCCGAAAUUGGAGGACUUUCUGGGCGGUGCAAGUAUGGGAAGCCACGAGUACGGCAGCCAUGAAAGAGAAGCAAUGGCUCUUAGCUUAGAUAGUAUCUAUUAUAACCAAAAUGCUGAGGGAGAAACGAGCAGGGAACAUUCUUUGGACCUUCUCCAAGAACCCUUUAGGCAACCAGUUCAAGGCCACCACCUAUAUUAUGCUGGACUUCCCUGCCAUGAGAUUUAUCAAGCACCAUUGGAGGAGUCUAAGGAGACCCAUAUAGCAGAUUGUGGUUCCCAAAUAGCAGAGGAUGGGAUACCUUCCCUGAAAAACUGGGUGGCUAGGCAGUACUCUUCCCAUCAUGCUUUGGAGCAGCAGAUGAAUAGCAACAUGGUUGAUGAUGGUGGCAAUUCUGGGUCUGUUGGUGCAGUGGGUUGUGGGGAUUUACAGUCUCUAAGCUUGUCAAUGAGUCCUGGUUCUCAGUCUAGCUGUGUUACAGCUACCAGGCAGAUCUCACCUACCGGAACAGAAUGUCUUGCCAUGGAAACAAAGAAGAGAGGUCCUGGAAAAGUUGCCCAAAAGCAGCCUGUUCAUAGGAAGUCCAUUGACACAUUUGGUCAGCGAACUUCACAGUAUAGAGGUGUUACUAGACACAGAUGGACUGGUAGAUAUGAGGCCCAUCUGUGGGAUAACAGUUGCAAGAAGGAAGGGCAAACCAGGAAAGGAAGACAAGUUUAUCUGGGGGGUUAUGAUAUGGAAGAGAAAGCUGCAAGAGCUUAUGAUCUUGCGGCGCUAAAAUACUGGGGACCUUCGACCCAUAUUAACUUCCCGUUAGAAAACUAUCAAGUAGAAGUGGAAGAAAUGAAAAAGAUGAGCCGGCAGGAAUUUGUUGCUCACUUGAGGAGGAAAAGCAGUGGGUUUUCAAGGGGAGCUUCAAUGUACCGAGGGGUCACAAGGCAUCACCAGCAUGGAAGAUGGCAAGCUCGGAUUGGCAGAGUUGCAGGGAACAAGGACCUUUAUCUCGGGACAUUCAGCACCCAAGAGGAAGCAGCCGAAGCUUAUGACAUAGCUGCCAUCAAGUUUCGAGGUGUAAAUGCUGUCACCAACUUUGACAUCACCAGAUAUGAUGUUGAAAGGAUCAUGGCCAGCAAUACUCUUCUCGCUGGAGAGCUGGCUAGGCGAAACAAAGACAUAGACUCACGAACUGAAGCCAUUGAUUACAACCCAUCAAUGCAGAAUGGUGGGGAAGCCAAUCAACCUGAGAAUAACAACAAUGGGAAUGGCUCAGAUUGGAAGAUGGCUUUGUACCAGCCCCCUCAGCAAACACCAAACGCUUGUGUAGACUCACUUGAUCAUCAGAAAUCUAAUUAUCGAAGUCCCUCUUUCUCAAUGGCCCUGCAAGAUCUGAUUGGCAUUGAUUUAGUGAACUCGAGCCAGGCGAUGGUCGACGACUCGGGCAAACUCGGAACCCACUUUUCAAAUCCAUCCUCAAUAGUGACCAGUUUGAGCAGCUCAAGAGAGGUCAGCCCGGAUAAAAAUGGCUCCACAAUGCUUUUUGCAAAGCCCCCAUUAGCUAGUUCUUGGUUCCCAUCAGCUCAGUUGAGGCCUGCUGCAAUCUCCAUGUCUCACUUGCCAGUUUUUGCUGCAUGGACUGAUACCUAGAAAAUGCUUACAUGUAAAGUUUUGCAUGCACAAGUAAAAAAAGGAAAUGGUGUUUGCUGGUGGAGGAAAGGAGGAGGGUGAAGUAAGAAGAUUUUGAUUGUCUUUCAAAAGUGUUUAGUGGAGGAAAUUAGGCAUUAAUGAAAAGACAAAUUGCGGGCCAACUAUCUGUCUCUGGCCUCAAGUGUAAGAAACUUUUUCAAAACUGAACCUUUUUAUGGUUCAUAUUGGAAUGAAGAUUUUGCAAAAUGGA